AUAUCCAGAAUCUUGCCGGUGAUUAAUACAGUGAAGACUUACAACGUGAAAGCCUAUAUGUACAGUGAUAUCGUGGCCGGUUUAUCUGUGGGCUUCCUCCAUAUGCCCCAGGGUUUGGCCUACGGACUCCUGGCAUCGUUGAGCCCAAUAUCCGGUCUGUACACGUCCUUCUUCCCCGUGUUGCUGUACAUCUUUUUCGGCACUUGCCCUCAUAUAUCCAUGGGGACUAACUCGGUUUUAUCCCUCAUCACCGCUGCCAUGGUGGAAAAUCAAGCUUUAGUAGCCGGGUAUGGACAAUCAGAAAAGGAGCCGGAUCCCAAUGCAACCUUACCGACUGCUGAAACCCUGGCGUCUGACUCUGAGGCAGCUAUGAACUACAAAAUCCGGUUGGCUAUGACGUCGGCGUUCUAUUCGGGCGUCAUCCUCAUUCUAAUGGGGCUCCUGCGCGUGGGUUUCGUCACGAGCUACAUGCCGUCCUCCUUCGUGGGCGGCUUCACCACGGGGGCGUCUGUCCACAUCGCCACUAGCCAGAUGAAGCAUGUAUUUCACAUCAAAGUCAAGACGCAUUCGGGCGCGGGAAAGUUAAUCAAGACGUAUAGAGACAUCUUUAAAGAAAUCCACAACACCAAUUACCUAGACGUGAUUAUAUCCAUCACAAGCAUCGUGGUUCUUCUCUUCUUUGUUGUCUUCGCUAACCCUCGCUGCAAACGUCGCUAUGGCUACGAGCCACCCAUUAAUCUAAUCCUAGUCAUACUUUUUACCUUCGUCUCCUACGUGACGGAUUUGAAUAAAAAAUAUGGCGUCAAUAUCGUCGGGCACGUGCCGCUGGGCUUUCCCAAACCGGAAUUGCCAGAUUUUUUAGCGAUUGGGCAAAUAUUCGGCGACACGAUUGUGCUGACGAUGAUCGUGUUCGCCAUGACGAUAUCGAUGGCGAUGCUGAUGGCGAAAAUCCACGGGUACGAUGUGGAUAGCAACAAGGAGCUUAUCGCCUACGGAAUCUGCAACCUGGGGUCGUCGUUCUUCAAAUGCCAGGUGUCCAGUGUGUCCCCACCCCGGACUAUGAUCCUCAGCAACGCCGGGACUAAAACGGUCCUCAACGGCGUGGUGACGGCGGCUUUUUUGUUCUGCAUGUUUUUCGCCGGCACGCUUUUGGAGACAUUGCCGAUUCCUUAUCUAGCCGCUAUGAUCAUGGUGGCCGUCAAGGAUCUCCUCCUUCAGUGCUUGACCAUCUUCAGGAUAUACGUGGUCAGCAGGACGGAUUUCAUCGUCUGGGUGUUCACUUUCCUGAUAACGGUCUUCGCGGAUUUGCAUUACGGGAUCGUCUGCGGGAUUCUGCUGUCUGUUUUCGGGAUCAUCGUCAACAACCAGCGCGUGGAAGGGACGCUUAUCGCUAAGGCGGACGACGAGAACCUUCUCGUGCAGGGAGAGAACCGGGAAGGCGUCAGCAACAUCCCUGGGAUCCGGAUUUUUUACUUCCCUUCCCAGCUUUUUUUCGCCAACGCCGAGACGUUUAAGAAACAGCUGUACGGCAAGGUGUUCGACCCCACGACGGUCCACGACAUCACGUACCAGCUGGACGACGACCCGGACAACGAACUGAUGAACCUGCGCAACGAGGAAGAGUCCAUCAAGUGCAUCAUCAUCGACUGCUCGGCCAUGACCUACGUCGACCUGGACGGUUUCAACAUGCUCAAGAUGGUGAUCGUUCUCUACCACCAGGCCGGGAUCCAGAUGUUGCUGGUUCGAGUCCCGGCCAGGACGAUGGCUACCUUUGAACGAGGGGGUCUGUUCUCGAUCAUCCCGCGGAGGUGCAUCCUGCAUGACGUGGAGGACGCGCUCCACAACGAGGAAGACACGAGGGAUGGCGUCAGCCGUCUCUCUAUAGCACCGCCCUCGGGGUUCGCUCAAUUCUCUACGGCAAGACAGUCGUUUGCUAGUCGGCUGUCUUCUGUUCUUUAAGUACCGGUACGGACAUAAGACAGGAACAAAUGUUCGGGUUCAUUAUUCUAAAGCAAGGGUUACUGGACUACCAGGUUAAAAGCCCUGUAUAAUGAUUGCAUAGGAGUGUGAUUGGGGUAGAAAUUUGAUGGCUGUACAGGUGCAUUAUUGGAUUGAAAAUGAUAGCAUCAUAGAAUAAAUGUAGGCUACGUGUGUGUCAGUGGGAUACUAAUUACAUUAGAUUUACUAUGUUGAAAGAAAUGGCGUAUCUGCUCACUUCAAUACCCCACUGCUGACGCUUAUCAUCUCGUGUAUUUAGUUUUAAAGCGUGCAUAGG